GGAACCCUGGCGAAAAGCAGGAAGUGCUGAAUCUAGAUUGACAGCGGUGCGGAUCUGUGUCUAUCUCUGUAUUAAUGACACUCUGGUGCAAAAACUUAAUCACAGGCAGCUUAUUCGUCUUAACGGAACAGAUAUUACCCACGUAACCCGCACUCGGAGGAACAUAUGAUCGAGGUUUGAGGGUCCUGUGGAGAAAAUGAGUCGAAGCCAGAAGCCCCCGCAGAAGGGCAAGGCCAAACAGAUGAGAUUGCUGUUGGAUUUGGCUCCUGAUGAUGAGCUGGAUGACUCUGGAGGAAAUGAUGACGAGCUGGAGGCAGAGCUUCUGGCAUUGAUGGGAGGGGGAGGAGGAGGAGGAGGGAGGGGCGGACCAGCGGCCAAGAGACCUGGAGGAAAAGCUCCAGUGCCCUUGGUGGACAUUGAGCACAUUGCAGCCCUUUGUAUGAAAGACCUGGACGAGGACGGAGAUGAUGGAGGUGAUUUGGAGAACGAUGCUGAUCUCUUGGCUGAGUUGAAUGAGGUACUGGAAGACGAUGAGGAGCAAGUGGUGAGGAAACCUCCUCCGUCACCAGUGCCUCCUCAACGCUCAAAUGCAGCGCCCGCAUCCCAGAAUGCACCUGCCAGCCUGGAGGCUCGCCUGCAAGAGCGCUUGGACAUGUACCAAACGGCCAUUACCAACGCCAAGGCUGCGGGGGAGACCAACAAAGUGCGGCGAUACGACCGCGGACUGAAGACUCUACAGUCUAUGUUGAUGACGGUUAAAAAGGGGAAACCCAUCGAUGAAGAUGAGAUUCCUCCUCCUGUCGCCACCGGUGGAAAACCCUCCACUGCUCCGCAGGCCGAGCCAAUCAGAGAGCCAGAAAAACCUGCUCCAGCAAACACGCUACCACAGACGGCUAACGUCAAGCCAAUGCAGGACACCCAGCCAGCCGCUACAUCCAAACCUCAGCUGCUACUGCCUCCAUCACAGAGAGCGACGGUCAUAACGCCCGAUACGCCAGCCAUAUCACCCCUCACACCCGGCCAGCCCAACACACAGCACUCAGAGCUCAAAGCGAGCAUUUUAAGCAGACAGAGAGAGUAUAAGCUGGCAGCCUUAAAGGCCAAGCAGAGCGGAAACACUGAUCAAGCCAAACAACUCUACCAAGUGUCCAAGAGACUGGACUCAGUGGUGGAGAGUGUUGACAGAGGGGAGUUUGUGGACAUCAGCUCACUGCCGCCCCCUCCUGGAGAGGUUGAAGAGCCGCGUUCUAACCCUCCUCAGCUGUCCGCUAAACCAGCCGCCCCUCCUGCUGCACCCACUGCUGCCCCAGACACAGCUCUCUCUGCUCCCCGGAGCGUCGCCGAGGCCUUACAGCAGCGCAUGGACAAAUAUAAAGAAGCUGCAGAGAGCGCCAAGAGCAAAGGAGACGACCGCAAAGCACGCAUGCACCAGCGCAUAAUCAAGCAAUAUCAAGACGCCAUUAAAGCUCAUAAAGCAGGACGGCCUGUGAAUUUGGCAGAACUUCCUGUUCCACCAGGUUGUCCUCCGCUGCAGGGCACUGAAGGCGGCCAGCAGAAUUUUAUGGGCGUCCUGGAGACAGCCAUGAAACUGGCCAAUCAGGACACAGAUGCCGACGCAGAUGAAGACGAGAAUCCGCAGAAGCCAUCAGCUCAGCCUGGAGUUCAGAAAUCCAGAGCUCCCGCUCCUCCGAAAGCCUCGUCCGCCGCAGGGAUGCCCACCAGCUCCACAAACGCCCCCAAACCAGGAGGGAAAGCCCAGCAGCAGCUGGAUUUCCUGACCAUGCGCAGGCAGCAGUUCGUGAAGGCCGCAUUGCGCUCUAAAGAGAUGAAGGACAUGCAGGGAGCCGCUCAGCACCUGAGAAACGCUAAAGGCCUUGAGCCCAUGAUCACUGCCGCCAAGGCUGGACUUCCUGUGGACAUCACCAAGGUGCCGGCCGCUCCGAUCCGUGAGGACGACUACAGACUGUCUCAUUCACGCUCGUCCGCUCUCUCUCCGCGCUCAUCUGAGCAGUACGCUCAACUCAUGGCGCAUCUCAAACAGCAGCACGAGAAAUGCCUCGCGUACUCGCAGCAGUACACUCAUAUGGGGAACGUAGCUGAAACUGCCAGGUUUGAGAAGCUGGCUGAGGAAUGCAUGAGUAAUAUUGAAGUGCUGAAGAAAGCUCACGCUAAAGGAAGUUCAGUUCCCAAAUUCCACACAGAGGAGCGCACCUUCAACUCUGUCAAGAUCUUUCCUAACCUGACGUCCAAUGACAUGGUGUUGACCAUCGUGAAAGGAAUCAACCUGCCUGCUCCUCCAGGAGUCUCAGCCAACGAUCUGGAUGCGAGUGUGCGCUUUGAGUUCCCGUUCCCCAGCGCAGAAGAAGCUCAGAAAGACAAAACCAGCUUUGUGAGAAACUCCAGCUGUCCAGAGUUUAAAGAGGAGUUCAAGCUGAACAUCAAGCGUGAUCACAGAGGCUUUAAGAGAGUGGUACAGGCCAAAGGCAUCAAGUUUGAGGUCAUACACAAAGGUGGUCUCUUCAAGACAGAUAAAGUGGUGGGAAGUGCUCAGCUGAAGCUGGAAGCUCUGGAGAACCAGUGUGAGAUCAGAGAGAUUAUAGACGUGUUGGACGGACGUAAGGCGACGGGAGGGAAGCUGGAGGUGCUUGUGAAGAUCCGUGAGCCGCUGGCCGGUGUUCAACUGCAACCGGUGACGGAGAAAUGGCUCGUCAUCGACCCGCUCACACCUUCUCCUGAGAAAGACCAAGACCAAGAGAAAGACAGAGAGCGAGAGAAAAGCAGGGGAAAGGAACGGCAGGCUUCUUCUCCAAGAUCCAAACCCAGAAACGAUCAUGACAAGAACUCUAAACCAAGCUCGUCUUCUCCGCAGUAUAAAAUGCACAGCUUCAGUCUGCUUCAUCAUGACAAACAGAGACUGGACCUGAAGAUCAAUGAUUAUAAGAAGAACGGACGAGACCCGUCAGAGCUGAUCAAGCAGCACAUGGACGUCUGUCAGCGACUGCAAUGGCAGAAAUCAUACCUGGAGAAACAUCCAGCAGCACUCACAGAAUAUGAAAAUGUGCUGCAGAAGUUUGUCCACGGGCUCUCGGAUUCAAUCAAACUGUUUUCCAGCCAAGGCAACAGGGAUGCAGCAAAAGAUGCACUCGGCCGACUGAAGAUGGUGGAGAACGAGCUGGAGUCCGUCAGGAAGAAGAGGGCUGUCAGACAGUAAAGGAAUGCGCUGAGUGACGUGACUGUCUGCUGGAAAACUCUUCACACUUCUGAAAUCAUGAGAAUAUAAGCGAAUCGUGACAGAUGUAACGGAGCUGCAGAGGGAAACACUACACCUUUCACAAUGCUGCACUUCAUUACUCUGUGGUCCAAUCCAUCAAAACAGUCCUCCUUUUUCUCUUUUGUAAGGACAGACAUCUGAAUGUUUUGAGGCAGAUCAAACUCAAAAAUACACAUCAAACAAACAUUAAAAGGGGGCUAUCUCAUAAAAACCCAUCAACAACAUGACUGGAUCACAUUUUUCUAGCCCCCAAAAAGAAAGAGAUUAGAAAUUAUAUUUAAACACGUUAUUUUAGGACCAUUAAGAUUUUUUUAUUUUUUUUGAAUUUGACAAUUAAGCACACUUAAACUGUAAUGUGAAAAAAAAUUAUAUAUUAUUGAAAUUUAAAAUAAGUAUACAGCAUAUUCAUUGUUGCUGUACUAAAUUUAUUUUUCAUUAAAAUUUUAAAUUAAUUGGAAAAUAUUUAUUUAAAAAAUUCUUCAAAUUUCAAACAGGAUUACAGGAAUAAGAACAUAAAUAUUCUGUUAAAACAUUUUGACUAUAAAAUGCAUUAUAGUAAUGAGAAUAAUGGAGGAAAAUUGUGCUUAAUUAUCAAUGCAAAUGGUCCUUAUAUAUAAUUAAUUAUUAUAUAUAAAUAUAAUAUAUAAUUUAUAUAAAUGUUAAGUAUAAGAUGAUUAUAUAUAUAUAUAUAUAUAUAUAUAUAUAUAUAUAUAUAAUUUUUUGUGAAAUAUUAAUUAGUGAUAUUCCCCCAUGCAAUCUAUAAAUACUUAAAAAAUAAGUAUACUUAUUGUUAUGUUACCGGAGAACAGAAUUAGAGACAGACCGUCAUUCAUUCCUCUGACAGUUUCAUGCAUGUAACUAGCACUACAAAAACUAAAUUGGUCUUUAUUUUAACCCAGUUUUUUUUUUUUUCCCUUUUCCUCCUAUCUGACAUCAUCAUCGUUCAUCCUAACCUCUCUUUCAUGUCUAAAUGCUGUUAAUCUGCAGUCUUUAUUGUAAUCUCCCUCCUCCAGCAUUCCCAGAUUAGGAUAAUGUCGCUGCACAACAGUGAUAUGGGAAUAAUCUCAGCACUCCAGGGAAGAUGUUCAAGUGUGUGUGUGUGAGUGUGUGUGUUAAAUGAAGGAGAUGCGGAUAAUAUCCCAUAAUCGUGGAUUAUCCGCACCCUGAUGCUUCAGCAGAGCGAGCGUGAGACCAGGUCGUCAGAGGAACUUGAACGGGGCUCAUUGUGCGGGUGUUUCGGGUGGGGGGUCCAUGUGUGCCUCUCUGUGUGUUUUGGAUCUGUUUAGUUUGAUAAGAUCAAGUGAGAGGUGGUGUGUCUGGGUGAUAACAUCAGUAUGUUUGUGACUGAAGAAGUUUUUGUGUGAGACAUGUGGCCAUUCAGAUGCUGAGAUCAGUAUGUUUCCAUGACAACCUCUUUAUCCGGCCCGCCAUCGUCUUUUAGGAUGCUGUCUGAACCCAAUCAUCCUUCAUCAUCCUCAUUCACUCUAGCAUGUACAGAUCAGGUUCAUAGGGUCUCCGCAUAUUGAAGGCCAUCACUGCUAAUGUAUUCAUGUAUAGACUGAUGUUAUGAUGAUGGCUGUAUUUUUUUAAAAGCUGCAUUAAUUUGUUAAUGUGUCUGCGGUGAAGAAUAUGAUGUCUGACAUAAUAAUUAAAAAGGAAAGCUGACCUGAAAA